GUCCCGGUGCGGUGGCGUCCUUAUAAAUACAGCCCGGAAGACAGAUCCGUUCAGUCAAAAAUGAAGCAAGGGUAAAUGUUCGUGAAACUAGCGGUGUAUUGGUUAAAAACGUAAAGAGAGAUGCAGUGCCUGUCCAGAUCACAGAAACAGAGCCAGGUGUACAUGGGAUCCCACUGACACAGGAAAGAUUUGCACUUUUCUGCCAGCUGAGGAUCACUUCGAGCUGACAUGUCUUUUCGAGGGCAUUUAACUGCCGUCAUAACCGUACUAGGAGCGACCUUAGGCGGGCUGCUCAUAUGGCGAGUUUACCGAACAAGAAGGAAGAGGCUGCCCUCCGUCCAGAAGGUGGCCGAUCCUGUGGAGGCGCCAUGUCCUGUGGAAACAGACUUCACAGCUGUGGAGCAUCAAAACAACCAACCCCCGCUUCUUCUGGAGAAGGAGUUUCAGGCUGCGGAGGGUCAGACCGUACAGCUGCCGCCUCCCAUACAGAUAACGUCUUCUGAGCAGCUGCUGGCUGUGAAACCAGUGAUGGUGAGCUCCGAGGAGGAAUGGCAGCGGCUCUGGCCACUGAUGCAAAAGGAGCUGUCGGCCUUCCCUGUGCUGGGGCUCGACUGUGAAUGGGUAAAGAUCAAAAGCGUGUCCGUGAAGGGUCGACCCUCUGCGGUCUCCCUGCUGCAGAUGGCCACGUGUUCAGGCCUGUGUGUCCUCGUGAGGCUGCUGCCGUUUCGCAGCGGCCAGCAGCCGUUCCCUCUAAGUUUGAUGGAAGUCCUGCGAGACCCCCACAUCCUGAAGGUCGGCGUCGGCUGUUAUGAAGAUGGCAAGCGUCUGACGCGAGACUACGGCCUGUCGCUGACGUGUACGGUUGACCUGCGUUACCUUGCCUUAAGACAAAGGCAAGCGCCGGUGAAUAAUGGCCUCAGUCUGAAGUCUCUGGCAGAAGAUCUGUUGAACGUGUCUCUAGAUAAAUCCUUGGAGCUGCGCUGCAGCGACUGGGAGGCAGAUCAACUGACGCUGAAGCAGAUGACGUACGCUGCCAGAGAUGCCCAAGUUUCCAUCGCUCUCUUCCUCCAUCUCCUCGAUUUCCACUCUGAAGCCGGUCCCGAAUCUUCCAGCGGGGGCUCUUACUCAGAGUUGGCCGCCCGCUGCCAGGGCCUGGUGGACGUGCCUUUCAGGGGCCGAGGAGACGGAGACGAAAGGGCGCCCGACGGAGAGAGGAAGCGGAGGGUUCGUAAAACACCCACUUAUGAAAGCCCGGAGUCUGGGGAUCAGCAAGUCCCAGACCCUCGAAAGAAUAACAAGAGGAAACCGCUGGGUGUGGGCUAUUCUGCCAGAAAAUCUCCCCUCUAUGAUAACUGCUUCCUCCAUGCUCCUGAUGGUCAGCCUCUGUGCACCUGUGACAAGAAGAAAGCCAAAUGGUACCUAGAUAAAGGAAUAGGAGUGCUCCAGAGCGAAGAGCCUUUUGUAGUGAGGCUGCUGUUUGAGCCGUCGGGACGUCCCGACUCCCAACAGGACUAUUAUCUCACUGCGAAGGAGAAUCUCUGCGUGGUCUGCGGCAAAGCCGAUUCCUACAUCAGGAAGAACAUUGUGCCCCAUGAGUACAGACGGCAUUUCCCGACCGAGAUGAAGGACCACAACUCCCACGACAUCCUGCUGCUCUGCACCAGCUGCCACGCCGCCUCCAACGUGCACGACGGCUUCCUGAAGCAGCAUUUGGCCGAACAGUUCGCCGCCCCUCAGGGCUGCGAGGAGGGCGUUCGCCUGCUGGAGGACUCGGACCGACGGCGGGUGCGUUCGGCGGCUCGGGCUCUGCUCACCGCCGGGGAAGGACUGCCGGAGCAGCGGCGAGAAGAGCUGCAGGCUUUGAUCAAGAGUUUCCUCGACGACAACGAGGAGCAGGAGCUGACGGAGGAGGCGCUGCAGCAGGCCGCCAGUUUGGAGACGAGGAUUUUCAACGAGGCGUACGUGCCUCACGGUCUGAAGGUGGUGCGAGCCAGCGCCGAGCAGGGCCUACGGGGCCUGAUGGACCUGGAGCGCCGCUGGAGGCAGCACUUCCUCACCGCCAUGCGGCCUCGUCACCUCCCCCCUCUCUGGGCCGUCGACCACAACCACAGCAAGUUCCUCCGCAAAUACGGACAGGACCUGCCCAUUAAACUCAACUGACCACGAGCUGCUAUGGGAACUUCCUCCUCAGCGGGUUGAAGUGCCGGUUGGCCGAGUCUUCUGCAGCCACUCCGUUACUUCUACAAGCCAAAUCGCUUUUUUUAUCGUGAGGCGGGAUGAAUGAACUAAUCUACCAGCGGAAACCGAAACGUUAACCAGCAUGUUGAGGUUCACCAGAUGAGUGUGUGUGUGUGUGUGUGUGUGUGUGUGUGUGUGUCUGUCUGCGCGCGCGCGUGCGUGUAUGUGUAAAUGCACUCGCUCUACGCUGGGACGCUGGACGCCGGUUCACUCUUAUUUCUAGUGGCGUGUGAUGCUGCUAGGUUGCCACCUGGAUCCUGAAUGGACUUCAAGCAGAGACUCCACUAGUGGAAAGAAAUCCAGCACUGAACACUUUUCUUUUUUUUUUAUCAUGAAAAAUGUAUAAUUAUUUAUGAAAUGUUAAAAAUAAUUCAAUAUAAAUGAUUUUUAGAAGAUGCUGCAGCCUGCUCUUAAUCCCCCUUCCCCUAAAUUGAACAACCCCCCCCCCCCCCCCCCUCCCCUCCCCCCGUGCAGGUUUGCGGCUGUCACUCUGAUAAUGAAUGCUUUGCUUCGCAGAGAGGGUCAUCUUAAUGUGACCUUUACAUUUUCUGGCGCUCCUCCCUGCUUUUUGUUUUCAGUCUAUUGUCUGUUUUAAGUCGAUAGAUGAAAUAUUUCCCAGAAGCACCUGGGGCCUAAAUGUGUUCCAUCUCGGUCUACUGCGGCGGGCGGACAGACGCUAAUCUCAGUAAAGUUGGCCGCUUGGGUUUAUCAUGUCAUAAUCCGGAUGUUUAUGUCCUGCUGCCGGUCCCCCUGACGGUCGGGACACCUUCCUGGCUCGUGUUUUAAUGAGCCUCUUAAUCCCCGAACCCGACUGGAGAGGCUCGUCGCAGCAUCUCGUUUUCACUUAACAGCCACGACGUCAUUUUACCAGAAUCCCAAAAAAAAUACACAGUGAAGAAAAAGAUGCCAACUCUAAUGUGAUUUUAGAAAAUUACCCAUGAACCCUUUUUUCUGCGAGGUAGAUUUAUCUCUUGAGCGUGAUGAAAUUAUUUACAAUGCAGCUGCUUUGUCUUCGUAUUUUUCUUGAUGUUAAGCCCUGAAGCUGUUCUGUUUCUCCUGAAUUGUGAAUGAUGCAAAAAAUAAAAGUCAUGUUUGUAUUAAUAUUU